AUGUCAUUCGGAAACUUCAAGUUCGGAGCGUCCUCCUUGACUCAACCUGCCGCUCCUUCUUUAUCAGUCACGAACCCUACACCGGGCUCUACCCCUGCUACAGCAGCUGCACCAUUCUCCUUCGGUAACAGUAGCGCCUCAAAACCUGCCACUGCAACAGCUCCUACUUCAGGAGGAGGGCUUUUCGGUAAUUUAGGUGGACAACAGCAACAACAACAACAACAACAACAGCCAGGUCAAGGUAGUACUUCCCUCUUCGGGGCGAAACCCGCUACUACAACUGGAGGAGGACUGUUUGGAUCGACUACAAACGCACCUCAACAAACAGGCGGUACGGGCUUAUUCGGUUCUACUUCUACUCAACCUCAACAGCCUGCUACUUCAGGUGGAUUAUUCGGAUCGACCAAUCAAGCACAACAGCAACAGCAAAAUGCUACUGACACCGGAGGAGGUCUAUUUGGCUCAACGACUGGAGGUAGUGGACUGUUUGGAUCUACCAACCAACAACAGCAACAGCCUCAACAAAGCAGUCUAUUCGGUUCAACUGUUCAAUCCAAACCUCAACAAAACAGUUUAUUCGGUUCCACCAAUCAAGCUCAACCUCAACAAACCUCAUCUUCGUCGAUAUUCGGUCAAGCUGGUCAACCUCAAUCGUCCUCUUUAUUCGGCCAGACCGCUCCUAUUAACAACAGUAACGCGCAAAACCAGCAAUUACAAACCUCCACAUCGAACAGUCAGAGUAAUAAUGGAGGGAUAAGUAAGACCACCAAGUUCUCGGAAUUACCUGAAGGUGUGCAAAAAUAUAUCGAACAGAUGGAUAAUGUCAUCAAAAGUCAGAAAGCGCAAGGAUCAGGAAUGAACAUUGAAGGGUUAGGAAGAGCGAUUUGGCAGACUAGUCUAGAUGUGAAGGCUGCCAAUGAGGAAUACUCUGCCAUCUCACAUACACUUAAAUCCAUUUCCACCUCUCUUACCCAACUUCGAGAGAGGAUGAUCAGCGAAGGACGAGAUGUGGAACGAGUCAAGGAGAUAUGGGAUGUAUAUAGAUCUGCUGAGGGACGGAUGGGUCAGGUCAGAUUGGGCGCAUAUAGGGAAUUCCCACAGGAGUUCUUCGCUAAGAUUGCGGAUCAGAUGGAAGAACGUGUAACAAGGUACAAAAAGACUAUAUCUCAACUGAACCGAGCUAUCAUCUCUUUGUCUUCCGAGGCGCAUACACCCUCCCCUCAAGCUAUAGCUCAGACGAUACAGAAUCAUCAACAGGCAAUGUUGACUUUAGCUGCGCAGUUGGACGGCCUGCAAUUGAGGAUGAACGGUUUGAGAUCUGCUUUUGCUGAAGAAUGGAGGGAGAAGACUGGAAGUGUCAGGGAUCCAUUCGAAAUUGCUCGAGAAGAGAAGGCUGUGAAAGCCUAA